AUGCACAUGCACCAUCAAUCUCCUACAGCUCUUAAGGACGACGUCCCACCUUCCUUUGCUUCUUUCUUCCCGUCCAUGUCUGCGUCUCGCCAUGGCUUGGCGCCCUGUGCCCACGGCCGGUCGAAACCCCACGUCGAGCUCUCCCCACGGUGCCCGCGCUGCGGCUCCUGCGACACCAAGUUCUGCUACUACAACAACUACAGCCUGAGCCAGCCACGCUACUUCUGCAAGGGCUGCCGGCGUUACUGGACCAUGGGCGGGUCGCUCCGCAACGUUCCCGUCGGCGGUAGCAGCCGAACGAAUCGUAGAAGGAUGCCUAGCAGGGUCUCCGGCGCUCCACCGGUCGCCCGUGAACCGAGCUAUGGUCACCAACCGCAAAACCAUGGCACCGAGGGCUCCGUUGAUCUGGCAGCGUUGUACGCUACGUUCUCUAGUCGGUGUCCUCAGCUUGAGCCAGGCCUCGUCGUGCCGGGGUUGCCGGAAGACAUCGACUCCGUCAGUGGCUCGACCGUCGAUCACGCUGAAUGCCAAGGAUCGAUCACGGAGCCAAUCGGAGAAGGUUUCCUCGAUCAAAUGAACCAACAAUGUCUCAUCGGAGAGCUCGAUCCAAACAACACGUUCGACACACUUCCGUCGCCAUUGGAGAUUGCCAACUACUACUCAUCUGAUCUCUCAAACGCUCCAGACUUUGUGAGUGAAGCCAACAUGUAUCCAUCUCUCGACUACAAUCUUCCUUCGAGUGAUUGGUGCUGA